AUGAACAUUGCGUGUGGCUCUCGUGGACCUAUGAAGGGUGUCUUUUCAAAGAGCCGGUACUUUGGUCAGAGCCAUUGGAUGAAUUGUUGCAUUUCCCCCUCAAUUCAAGUUAUUUUUGAGCUUUGCUAUCAACAAGAUGCUGAUUCAAUCUCGGAGAUCCACCAUCUUCACCAGAAAUGUAAGACCGCCGGCCGGGCGAUCAAGGCAGACGAGAAGAUACUUCCACAAGUUGCUCCUGACCUGAGUGAUUACAUUCCGGGUCGUGAGGUGGCCGACAAACUCGUACAUUCGUACUUGGAGACCUUCGAGUGCAUAUAUCCAGUUCUACACGUCCCCAGCUUUUUAUCAGAAUACGAAGGGUAUUGGCUUGAUCCCAAGAUCGCCAGCAAUACGUUAGUUACAAAGCUGUUGCUUGUCAUGGCUAUUGGCACAAUCUUCCAGCCUCAGGCCGAGGUGGCGACACUCCGGCCAUCUGCUUUACAGUGGAUCUAUGUUGCUCAGACCUGGCUCAGCACUCCCUUUGACAAGCAGUGCCUGACUGUUGAAGGAAUGCAAAUCCAAUGUCUUCUGCUUCUAGCAAGGUUAGCAUAUGAUGUCGAUGGGGAUAUGCUUUGGCUGAGCGCCGGAUAUCUUGUUCGGGCUGCCAUGCAUAUCGGCCUUCACAUCGAUGCAGAGUCAUAUACCUUCCAAAAGCCAUGCCCUCAGGACAUUCAGCACAGAAGGAAGCUCUGGGCCACAGUGCUCGAAAUAGUUGUUCAGACUAGCAUGGACUCUGGCGGCCUCCCAAUGAUCAGUGCCAACGACUAUGAUUGCAAGCCCCCUUUGAACGCUGAUGACAUGGAGCAGAAAGAUCUCGACGGGUUUCUUUCCACCGUGAAACCCCACGAUCAGUUCACACAGUCUUCUUUACAAAUAAUGCUGGUGAGGUCGCUGCCCCUUCGACUGGAAAUCGCAGCUUUCGUCAACAAUUUCCGUCCCGAGUCCGGAACAUACGACAAGGCGAUACAACUCUCUGAGAAGCUCUUGAAAGAAUGCAGCGCCAAUUCUGCCCUUCUUCAGACCUUUAAAAAAUCAUCGUCUGGUCCUACCGACUUCCAGGUGAACUUGGUCGAGCUGAUGACGCAUCAAUUUCUUCUCGCUCUGCAUUGGCCUUACGCGCUCAAGGCCAAAUCAUACCGGACCUUCUAUUACUCUAGGAAAGUCUGCUUAGACUCAGCCUUACUCCUCUCCUCCAACUCUUCGCAAACCCAGGGCGAUGCAUACACCCAUCUUCGAAUCUGGGGGGGAGGUCUCUUCCGAGCGGUCCCUCUAACAACCACUAGCCUCAUUGCGGAGGAGCUGUUUGACCAGAUUGAAACCGACGCCGCAUCCUUCAGUAAAAAUGCGACAUUGCUGGACAGAAGAAAUGGACUCUGCAAAUACAUCCAAGACUAUGUGCAGUUCGCCCUGGUUCGAAUCAGACACGGACAACCCGAUGUCAAAGGCCACAUGGUAUUCUCGGCCGUCCUGGCGAAAGCUGAGGCACUCCUCAGUGGGAACCCCGUCGAAGAAAGCAUCUUGGCGGCUCUCCAGAAGAGCCUCACCAUCUGCUAUGAAGUGCUGCGAGAGCAAAUAGGAGGAUUAUCUCCGCAGCUUCGUCCGCCCAAAUCCGGGACGCAGCUACAGCUCGGGAUAGGUGACACAGUGGAUGCUCCGUUGACUGGCAAUAUAAUGACUUCUGAUGGGUGGCUGGGGCUUGAUGACUUUGAAAACAUGGACUGGUGGCUCCCUUCAUCGAUCAUGGAUCCGAUGGCCGAGAGCCUAUAA